GUUUCUUCUGCGUCGAAAUCGGACCGGAAACGCUCUAUAAAUUAUUGCCAGAGCUUUCUCUCUCUCCCUCACAGAAAAUAUAAGAAAAGAGUUACAAAACCUUUGAACUGAUCUAGAGAGAACGAGAAACCCUAAUUCCAUGGAUCGAUCGUGGAGUGAUCGUUGUUCAUUGAUCUUGCUAGGGAUUUUAUUAUCAGGAUCUCUAUUUGCAUUCGCCACUGCGAAAGAGGAAGCGACCAAGUUGGGAACAGUUAUUGGGAUAGAUCUUGGCACAACCUAUUCGUGUGUUGGUGUUUACAAGAAUGGUCAUGUGGAAAUCAUAGCCAAUGACCAAGGAAACCGCAUUACCCCAUCCUGGGUGGGAUUCACGGAUAAUGAGAGACUGAUUGGAGAGGCCGCAAAGAAUCAGGCGGCUGUCAAUCCUGAAAGAACCAUCUUUGAUGUCAAAAGACUGAUUGGAAGAAAGUUUGAUGACAAAGAGGUGCAAAAGGAUAUGAAACUUGUUCCAUACAAGAUUGUAAACAAAGAUGGAAAGCCAUACAUACAAGUCCAGAUUAAGGAUGGCGAGACCAAGGUUUUCAGCCCUGAGGAGAUCAGUGCUAUGAUUCUAACCAAAAUGAAAGAUACAGCUGAAGCAUUCCUUGGAAAGAAGAUUAAGGAUGCUGUUGUUACAGUCCCUGCAUAUUUCAACGACGCUCAAAGACAGGCUACCAAGGAUGCUGGUGUAAUUGCUGGAUUGAAUGUAGCAAGGAUAAUCAACGAACCGACAGCUGCAGCCAUUGCCUAUGGUUUGGAUAAGAAGGGAGGGGAGAAAAACAUCCUUGUGUUUGACCUUGGGGGUGGGACGUUCGAUGUCAGUAUCUUGACUAUUGAUAACGGUGUUUUUGAAGUUCUGGCCACAAAUGGAGACACCCAUUUGGGAGGUGAGGACUUCGACCAGAGGAUCAUGGAGUACUUCAUCAAGCUGAUCAAGAAGAAACACGGAAAGGACAUCAGCAAAGACAACAGGGCACUUGGGAAGUUGAGGAGGGAGUGUGAGCGUGCCAAGAGAGCAUUGAGCAAUCAGCACCAAGUCCGUGUGGAAAUUGAGUCUCUAUACGAUGGCUUGGAUUUCUCCGAACCUCUGACCCGUGCCCGGUUUGAAGAACUGAAUAACGAUCUGUUCAGGAAGACUAUGGGGCCUGUGAAGAAGGCUAUGGAUGAUGCUGGAUUGCAGAAGAACCAGAUUGAUGAGAUUGUUCUUGUGGGUGGAAGCACUAGGAUUCCAAAGGUUCAACAACUUCUUAAGGAUUACUUUGAUGGGAAGGAACCAAACAAGGGAGUGAACCCAGAUGAGGCCGUCGCUUAUGGUGCAGCAGUACAAGGAAGCAUCUUGAGCGGGGAAGGUGGCGAAGAAACAAAAGAUAUUCUUCUCUUGGACGUUGCCCCUCUCACUCUUGGUAUUGAGACGGUUGGUGGAGUGAUGACGAAGUUGAUUCCAAGGAACACUGUCAUCCCCACUAAGAAAUCACAAGUAUUCACUACUUACCAGGAUCAGCAGACAACUGUCUCCAUCCAGGUUUUUGAGGGUGAGCGGAGUCUCACUAAGGACUGCAGGAAUCUCGGGAAAUUUGAUCUCUCUGGGAUACCUCCAGCUCCAAGGGGAACACCUCAGAUUGAAGUGACGUUUGAGGUUGACGCCAACGGCAUCCUAAAUGUGAAGGCCGAAGACAAAGGCACGGGCAAGUCGGAGAAGAUCACCAUCACCAACGACAAGGGCCGGUUGAGCCAGGAGGAGAUUGACCGCAUGGUCCGUGAGGCUGAGGAGUUUGCUGAAGAGGACAAGAAGGUGAAGGAGAAGAUUGAUGCCCGGAACAGCUUGGAGACGUACGUCUACAACAUGAAGAACCAGAUCAACGACAAGGACAAGCUCGCCGACAAGCUCGAGUCCGAGGAGAAGGAGAAGAUUGAAACUGCUGUCAAGGAGACCCUCGAGUGGCUGGAUGACAACCAGAGCGCAGAGAAGGAAGACUAUGAUGAGAAGCUUAAGGAGGUGGAGGCUGUCUGUAACCCAAUCAUCAGCGCUGUUUAUCAGAGGUCUGGUGGGGCCCCUGGUGGUGGAUCAGACGGAGGUGAUGAUGAUGAUUCCCAUGAAGAGCUGUAGGCACCCCCUUCUUUGGCUUCUUACUACUAGAGAGGAGAAAUGAGAGUCCAGGUUUCUUGUAUUUCCUUACCGGGAGGAGGAACGGCACCGCUUUGUAUUUAGAUGUUUUUUGCUUCCCCUAUAACUGAAUUUUGGAAGGUACAGAUGUAGAGGUAGAUUUUAUGUUGCCCAGGUGAGCUAGAGUAUCAAGCAUGAUAUUCUGGCCAUCCGACAGCAAAUUUUAAUGUUUUUGUUUUUUUCUUU